GAGAGAGAGAGAGAGAGAGAGAGAGGAGAGCUCAGCGUCAAGUUCAAGGGAAUGAGCCAGAGAGGGCAGAGACAGGGGAAGAAGCCGGGGACGGAGGAAUAAGGCGCUUUCCGGAGUGGACUGCAGUGAACUGCCUUCUGUUUUCUUUUCCUUUCUGACUUUUUUGGUUUGAUUUUUUUUUUUUAAGAGAAGCAAAAGGGACACAGAAGCGAUGGCCGAGGGAGAAGACACGCUGCGAUGCGGGUGACGGGCGUCUAAGUGGAUUCCUGGGGCUGAUCUCCAGAGGCCUGCCCUCCCUCCCUGCCAGUGCACAUAACCCCGCAUGCAUCCCAGCCAAUGAAGACGGGAGGCAGCGUGAACAAAGUCAUUUUAGAAAGCCCCCGAGGAAGUGUAAACAAAAGGGAAAGCAUGAAUGGAGAGACAAGUGUGUUCUACACUGCCCCCACCUUUAGCCGGGCCAGCGGCUACUGGGCCCUGCCUUUCCACACCUACUCACUGGUGAUCUGACUGUUUGGUUCUUUGGUGGUUGCUGUUUUUCGUUUUGGUUUUUUUUUUUUUAAACCAUCCCCCCCCCCUCUUUUUCCCCCUCCCCUUCCCUUAUUCUCCAUCAGCACAAGGCAAACCAUUUGAUUUUGAGUCCCAGCCCUUGGUCCUUCUGUGCCUUCUUUAAAAGACCCACUUUCUCCCCAUCGCCAAGCGGUGUUUGGCAAUAUCAGAUAUCCGCUCUAUUUAUUUUUACCUAAGGAAAAACUCCAGCUCCCUUCCCACUCCCAGCUGCCUUGCCACCCCUCCCAGCCCUCUGCUUGCCCUCCACCUGGCCUGCUGGGAAUCAGAGCCCAGCAAAACCUGUUUAGACACAUGGACAAGAAUCCCAGAGCUCCGCGGCACACACAGUCCGUUUCUUCGUCCUCAGGGUAACCAGCGCUUCCUGGAAGUCUUGAAGUUCUCGCAGUGCAGUGAGUUCAUGCACCCUUUUGCCAAGCCUCAGUGUUUGGGAUCUGGGGAGGCUGCCUGGUUUUCCUCCCUCUUUCUGCACGUCUGCUGGGGGCUCCUCUUCGCCAGGCUUCACUGCCCCCCCAGCCCCUCUCCCCGGCUCAUACAUGAAGAUGUACUUGCAAAGGGCUCUGGUGGUCCUGGCCCUGCUGGACUUUGCCACGGUCAGCCUCUCCCUGUCCACUUGCACCACUUUGGACUUCGGCCACAUCAAGAAAAAGAGGGUGGAAGCCAUUAGGGGACAGAUCUUGAGCAAGCUCAGGCUCACCAGCCCCCCUGAGCCAUCGGUGAUGACCCACGUCCCCUAUCAGGUCCUGGCACUUUACAAUAGCACCCGAGAACUGCUGGAGGAGAUGCAGGGAGAGAGGGAAGAAGGCUGCACUCAGGAAAACACCGAGUCGGAAUACUAUGCCAAAGAGAUCCAUAAAUUCGACAUGAUCCAGGGGUUGGCGGAGCACAAUGAGCUGGCUGUCUGUCCCAAAGGAAUUACCUCCAAGGUUUUUCGCUUCAACGUGUCCUCAGUGGAGAAAAAUGGAACCAAUCUGUUCCGGGCUGAGUUCCGGGUCUUGCGGGUGCCCAACCCCAGCUCCAAGCGCACAGAGCAGAGGAUUGAGCUCUUUCAGAUACUCCGGCCAGAUGAGCACAUCGCCAAGCAGCGCUACAUUGGUGGCAAGAACCUGCCCACUCGAGGCACUGCCGAGUGGCUGUCUUUUGAUGUCACUGACACAGUGCGUGAGUGGCUGUUACGAAGAGAGUCCAACUUAGGUCUGGAAAUCAGCAUUCACUGUCCAUGUCACACCUUUCAACCCAACGGAGACAUCCUGGAAAAUGUCCACGAGGUGAUGGAAAUCAAAUUCAAAGGGGUGGAUAAUGAGGACGACCAUGGCCGUGGAGACUUGGGACGCCUCAAGAAGCAGAAGGACCACCACAACCCCCAUCUGAUCCUUAUGAUGAUUCCUCCACACCGGCUCGACAGCCCAGGCCAGGGGGGUCAGAGGAAAAAGCGGGCCCUAGACACCAACUACUGCUUCCGCAACUUGGAGGAGAACUGCUGUGUGCGCCCCCUCUACAUUGACUUCCGACAGGAUCUGGGCUGGAAAUGGGUCCACGAACCUAAGGGCUACUAUGCAAACUUUUGCUCAGGCCCUUGCCCAUACCUCCGCAGCACAGACACAACCCACAGCACGGUGCUGGGGCUGUACAACACCCUGAACCCUGAAGCAUCUGCCUCACCCUGUUGCGUGCCCCAGGACUUGGAGCCCCUGACCAUUCUGUAUUACGUGGGGAGGACCCCCAAGGUAGAACAGCUCUCCAACAUGGUGGUGAAGUCCUGUAAGUGCAGUUGAGGCCCAGCCUGCAACAGAGAAGGGAGAACUGCCACUGCUGACGGCCCCGUUCCUUGGGAAACCGAAGCAACAGACCUCACCUAGAGGCCUGGAGCCUACAACCCUUGGCUCCUGGUGAACAGCUGAAAUGGAGGCUUCCUUCUGGAACAUUUCUCUUUCUUGUUGGCUCUGAGAAUCACUGUGGUAAAGAAAGUGUGGAUUGGUUAGGGGAAGUGAACUCUUUUAGAACACAGUACUUUUGUGGUGCAGACAGAGGUGUUGGGGUAGAGAAGAGGGAGGGCAAGUGGACACAGAGGUGUUGGGGUAGAGGAAGAGGGAUGGCAAGUGGCAAUGGGAUUUGGGCUACCCUGGGGAGGAGGUGGGGCAGAAGGUGGCCAAACUGGAAGACACUUUGGAUCUGUAGUUUGGGUUACUGGUGUGCCAUAUCUGCUUUGGGGACUCUGAUGAUGUUAUAGGAGGCAAGAUUUUUUUUUUUUUAGACAGGUUACCAAGACAAAGUCCCAGAAUUGUAUCUUGCAUUACCUGGGAUUAAAGACAACUCUUUUUGUUUUUAAUUUUCAAACUGUCUUCUCUCCAUCAGUCAGCAUCUUGGCUUAUUACAGGUACUACAGUGAGUUCCUGGGCCAAGCAACUCUAUUGGAUCCAUGGAGAUGCUCAAUUCCGAAGAAAGGGUGGGAAUUAACUUUCCUGUCUGCCCUCUGGGCCCCUCCUCCCAGCUUCUCCUUUGAUCACACUUCCCCUGGGACAUUUGGCUAGACACCUUCCAGGUCAGGGUGAAAGAAUCUGGAUUCUGGGUCCAUGCAGCCUGGGCAUCAGGGAUUCCUCUUCUCCUGCCCUCUACGACCCUGUGUUCCUUUGAUGUUCCUGGAAGCAGGUGCUAUGUCAGGCAUUGGGGAGCUCCACAUGAACCACACAGUGAGUGACUUGGCCCCAGACGCAUAGCCUGAGAUAUAAAAACAAAUACAAAUUAUUACUCUAAAAACUUUUGUAUAAAUAAAUAUUUUGGGGGGGAAUUGUGGAUGAUUUCAUCUUCUGGGAGAUUGUCUCUAGAACAGUAAAAACCUUUUCUAAGAUGAAUGUCUGACUCCGUAAGUAGCCUUCUUACCCUCUUAUUAACUCCAUGCCUGCAUCUACUGUUCAGACAUAACUGGAACCUAGGCAGAUAAUUGCAAAGGUCACUUCACUGCUUGGUGUGAGCGUGCUAGAAGGUGGCCGCACAGAGCUGCCUCUGCCAUUGGGAGGAGGGCACUAUUGUCUGUGCACCCUUCCCUCUCAUGGAACAUAUUUUUAGACACACAGAGAUACUGGCUCAGAUUUGCACCAAGUUAACUUCCAGAUAACUCUGAGGUGUGAACUUUUACAUAUGGAAAUGUGGCUUGUGUAUUCUAACAAUCCACAUCAUCAUUUUUGGAAAUCUCAUCUCAGCUUUCAAAUGAUUUGAACAUUAGAGAAACUGUCUCAGGCAAAUAGACCCAGAGGCAAAUCCUGUCAUUGAGUUACACCUAAAGGAGCCAACCUGGAAACACUUUUCAGACUCUGGGCCUCUCGCUUGUGGUUUGGAAAUGGGAGAGGGCAAGAAAAGCGCAAUUCCAACCACAGCGCCCAGGCCUCUACACAAUUGUGCUGUGGCUCACUGGUGUACAUCUGCUCUUGGAAAUUAUCGGCCAUUUGAAGCAGCCUUCCACAGGGAGUGAGCAGAGCAAGGGACCCCCUCUCUCCCAAACCACCUGCCUCCAGCAAGCUCACAUUAACACUGGUACAAAGUCCAUCUGAAGCUAUACUCCACAGGAUGGAGGUUGUACUUAUGCGCAUGCCUGUAUGUGUUUAGGUGUGUGCAUACUUUGUUCCUUCUGAGGUCUCCAAGACUUUUUUCCCCCUGUUUUGUCCAUGUCCAGACAGUUCUAAGGCUUCUCUGACUUUGUCUCUGAGGCACCCAUUUACUUCUAUUGUCCUUUAAGGGUUUAUAUGCCCCUGCCUGAAAAUUCUGGCUGUGGGAAUGUGCUGUCUUAUCCCAGGAGCCAGUGGGUUGAGAAAGGGGUAUGUGCUGCAGGCCAGCAUGCCAGCCAUGGUUGCUGUUUUUCCAAGUGUCAGUCUGUUCACUUGUGGCAGUUCUAAGAUUUUAGCAGAGGAUUAUGUGUUUUGGCUGCAGUGUUAGAAUCAUCUGUAUGCUGGGGUAGGGUCCAGGCCAGCUGAAAAUUCCCUUGAGAGUAGUGCCUUGCAUUCAACAUUGGUGCUUACUUAGAACAUCAAUAAGGAAGUGGCCUGAGACUAAAUCUCCUUUUACAUCCAGCCUCACAGGACAAGGCUAAAAGGUUGGUCUGUCGUUCACCCUAAUGAACCAACGCAACUGAGGUACUUCCUGAAAUGUCCCAAAGACCGUGAUUCCAAAUGUUCUUUCAUGUUCAAGCGCUACCCUUCAUGUUAACCAGCAGAUCCAAAUAUGGAAGGAGGUCUGGAACCCAGCCUCCCCUUUCCAUGUACCACUGGUGGGCACUGUGGACACUUGAAUUUUGAUCUCUUCAAAAAGACAUACUUGUUUUGAGGGCAGUGACACUGGGAAUGACACUGCUGGAAAAAGGCUCCAAUGAUUCAUCUGGUUCAUUGCCAGUUCAAGUCUAGUACCAGUAAGAAUGCCUUGAAAGUGCUUUGGUAGGGAAGACCUGGAGUCUGUUCCUAGCACCUGUGGGUCAGCUUUAACUGACUGGCCACGCAGGUCAACUCCAUGCACUGUAGUUGCUCUAAAUCAUACCUUUGUAUGCCUUUACCCAAGAUUCACUGGUGAGAUCCUCCAAAUCUCUUAAUUCUACAUAGCAAUAGGGAAAUAGGAAGGAUCUCAAUUUGUAUUCUAUCCAACUCAAAACAAGUGAGUUAAGGUGGUCCUCCAACUAUUACCCAGAAGACUCUGGGAAGAUACGAUACAUUUCCCCUCUCCUGUAAUUCUGAGUCCUUGUCCUUCCUAAGCAAACAAGAUGCUUCCAUGUGCUCAAAUCUUUGUUUUCAUUCACUAAGAAGGCAAUAAAAUCCUUUUUCUUUCUGUCUUCUC